GCGUGCAAUCUUGAGUAACCCCGACCUGCUUCCCAAAACCCCAUGGACUCGAAUGUUGGAAAACGACUUCUGGGGUACUCCUUUGAGCAACAGUGGAUCCCAUGGAUCGUACCGCCCGUUAUGUGUCCUGACUUUCCGCCUGAACUAUCUACUGGGCGGUUUCCAACCGUGGGGCUACCACCUGGUGAACGUGCUACUCCACUGCACAGCUACAGCUCUGCUCAUACGACUAGCAAAACUGAUCCUACCGAAGGCAAAAUCGAAAGUUGGAGCUACUAUUACUGGGCUAGUUUUCGCCACUCACCCUAUACACACCGAGACAGUGGCUGGAGUGGUGGGUAGGGCAGAUUUGGCAGCUUGCAACUUCUAUUUUCUGUCACUGUUAGCUUAUAUCGCGCAUGUCAAAUAUAGAGACGUGUUGUGCUGCCCAGUUUAUCGUAAAAAACACGUAGCUCCAAGAGCUGACACGAAGCGGUAUCACAGGUUCGUGUAUGCACUGCAGAAAAACGUGACUAGCUGUAACUGGCCCAAAAGGCACUUGAGAGACUUUGAACAUUCGGAUAGAAAUGUUUCUAUAACUAGUGUUUUAGUGAAGACUUCGGAAAAGGGACAAGAGACAUGUGUGUGCUGUUGGAAGAACAACAUGAAACUGUGGAUAUAUUUUGCUUUGUGUUUAUUACUUGCUGUCGCUGCAAUGUUGAGCAAAGAAACUGGAAUCACCGUGUUGGGGAUUUGCUUCGUUUAUGAUUUAGUGUAUUCAUCUCCAGGUCAGAAGAAACAAGCCCGCAGUUUAUUGAUCCUCAUCGUCGCCCUGUCAGUCAUCCUCGCAGUACGACUCCAAACACGAACGCCGCAAUUCUCAACAGCGGAUAAUCCCACAGCGAGAGAAACGGAUUUCUUGACGAGGUUUCUCACCUUCUCCUAUCUGCCUGUCUUCAACUUCUGGUUGCUGCUGUUUCCCAACACACUGAGCUUCGAUUGGGGCAUGGAGGCCAUCCCCAGGAUAACCAGCCUUCGGGAUGGAAGAAAUCUGGUGACGGUGGCUUUCUACUUGGGGCUAGCACAAGUGCUCAGGAGAUGUGUCAGGAGUGUCAUCCUGCAGGAAAAGGCUGAAGUGGGAAAGUAUCACUCUUGUACGAUUUGCAUGUCCAGCAGUUUCGACAUGCACUCCAACUCCUGUCGCACUACGAACAAUAACAACUCAACGAACUUUCACCCUUCUUCGUGCGUGUGCUAUACCUCCUCCAAGCUAUCCUCAGGGCGAAGGACUCUGAACUACAGCAGCGCGUUGCUUCUCUCACUUGCCUUCCUAGCGCUUCCUUUCCUCCCUGCUACGAACUUUCUAUUCUACGUGGGGUUUGUAGUGGCUGAGAGGGUGCUGUAUCUUCCCAGCGCGGGGUUGUGUUUGUUGCUAGGUUUGGCAGGAGCUUUGCUCUGGGAGAGGUACAGACGAUUCAGACCAGUGUUUUUGUUUUGUUUGGUGCUCGUAUUGGUGGCUUUUAGUGCAAAGACUGUUUUUCGGAAUAGAGACUGGCGGGAUGAAGAGGCGCUCUAUAGGUCGGCUAUUCCAGUUAACCCGCCAAAAGCUUAUGGAAAUCUGGGCAGCGUCCUCAGCAGCCAGGGCCGUGUAGUCGAGGCGGAAUUAGCAUUUCGAGAAGCUCUCCACUACAGACCCAACAUGGCAGACGUCCAUUACAAUCUGUGA